CCGGUUUCCACCCACUUACAUCCACUCUCUCUCUCUCUCUCUCUCUCUCUCUCUCUAUCAUCCCAAUCCAUACAUGGGUGGUGGCAGUAGUGACGCUUUCUUCAUAUUCCUUGUCUUCCUCGCGAUGUCUUCAGCUGCGGCUUGUGAUAGGUGUGUGCAUCAGUCUAAGGCAGCCUAUUUCUCCUCCUCUUCUGCUCUCUCUGCCGGAGCUUGUGGAUAUGGCUCCAUGGCUCUGGGCUUCGAUGGAGGCUAUGUCGCAGCUGGGAGCUCCGCCAUUCACAGAGGGGGUGUUGGCUGUGGAGCAUGCUUCCAGAUCAGAUGCAAGAACACAUCACUCUGCAGCACCGGAGGAGUGAAGGUGAUCCUGACAGACCUCAACAAGAGCAACACCACCGAUUUCGUGCUCAGCGGCCCUGCUUUCACGGCCAUGGCACGAAAUGGCAAGGCCCAAGAGCUCAAGAAACUUGGCAUCUUGGAUGUGGAGUACAAGAGGAUUCCCUGUGAGUACAAGAACCACAACCUAUCAAUCAGGGUGGAAGAGAACAGCAAAAGUCCCAACUAUUUGGCCAUCAAGUUCAUGUACCAGGGCGGUCAGACUGACAUAGUGGCAGUGGAUGUCGCUCAGGUCGGGUCAACGAACUGGCGGUUCAUGAGCCGGGACUACGGUCCGGUCUGGAGCACGAGCCGGGCGCCGGCCGGACCGCUGCAGCUCCGGGUUGUGGUGACGGGCGGCUACGACGGCAAGUGGGUGUGGGCGCCGAAGCCGGUCCUGCCGGCCGAGUGGAGAACCGGGUCGAUCUACGACAUGGGUGUUCAGAUCACCGACGUCGCCCAGGAAGGCUGCUUCCCUUGUGAUCCACAAGACUGGAACUGAUACUAGAAUCCCGUCCCUUUCUUCUUCUUCAUCUUCUUCUUGAUUCAGGGAUACUAACCUAAAGGAGAUUGCAAUGCUUGUUUCCUUAUACACGUUCAUGUGUUUUUUGCGAAGAUAAAAACAAGGUGCGAAGAUUUGACGCAGGAAAAUCCGGUUAGCAAAUGACUUUGCUGUC